AAAAACCCAACCAGUCAUCUCCGGUCCCUUUUCGCCGCCUCGCUCCGUACCACUUAUGAAUAGCCGCAUGGCGUGACGAGGCUCCAGCUCACCAGACAAAAAAUUCGAAAUGCCUCUAAGUAAGCUUUUUCUCCGAUGGACACAGCCUGACAGGCCUGUCAGGUCCCAGGAGACGCAGGAUGCCGUCAUGAGCGUCCUGCCAAACCAUGCCGCUGGAUUGCGCCGCUAACCCCGGAUCGUCCCUCGUCUCGUAUGUUCAGCAACCUCUAGAACUCUCUGUAAGGCGCGGCCCGCGAGAAGUGUCCCCAGUGUCGUGAGUAAGAUUAGGUGACGGCGUACCGAGUGUGUUGCCCGUGAUGUAGUAGGCUAGCUAGUAUAAGAGAACCCGUGAACGUCCCUUGUGAGGCAAAAAAAGAAACUCUCGUCAUCACAGCAACAUAGACAUCUUCACUCUUCAUAUAAACUUCAUUGCAUAUAUAUAUACAUUUUUGUAUAUACUAUAAAACAUCUCCGCUCCGAGCUCGAAGGAUAGAAUCAUCUCAACUCUUACGAACUCUUACGAUCAUCUCAUCUCUUAAGUCUACUUCGACACUUGUCUUAUUAGACCUUAUCAUCUCAUCUCACCAACAUAAAUAAAAAUGUCGGCCGCCAUCGCCUCCCGAGCCCAAGCUCCCCUUUCCGCCAUCAUCCGGCAAGCGUACAAGGGUCUACGACAAUCGACCCGGAUCGUCGAAGGCAUCGAAGCCCUUCCAACCACCACACCCUCUCAGCGCGCCGACUGGGGCCGCAUCGUCAGGGCACGCGCUGGUGUCGCUUCAGUAUACUUCCCCGCAAUGGGCACAUUCCUCAGCUGGCCUCUGAUAUCGAGCUACUUCCUCGACGGCCACAUGGGACAAUUCUAAUUCGAAUCUGUUGAUAUUCACCAACCCGCCCAUACACUAAUGGGCUAUACAUAACACACCAUAAACCAUAAAACCAUUCGUCACAACGACUGCAUAUACAAACUGUACAUAUAAAUAUCCGGUCGGGCGUUUUUCGGUUACCAGAACAAAAACCUGGCAGGUUUACACAUCAUGACAUAGGAGGCGUUCCGGGUUAAUUAAUCAGUUUGAAGAAACGGCCAAGGGGGGUCCGAACAGACCUCGAAGUCUAGGGGAACGUGGAAGAGAAAAGGAGAAUCCGUACUCAUAGAGUCAUAUAAGCGCUUAUAUCUAA